AAACAAAGCGCUUCCUUUUGGUUGGAAGUGCGCCAAGGGAUUAGCAUAUAUCUCCAUCGACAAGAAUGCAGGAGAUGUGAAGAAAAUUUGGCCUUUGUCUCUGUUGCAAUUUGCAAGGUGGAGGAUUCAAACCGUUGCCUUGAAGGAUUCGAACGGUUGCCCUGGAGCUCUUGGUUAUCCAUCAACUGUGAUGCCACCCGUCUCUUGGACUAACAUCGUACCAAAUAACUUCAGUUUUUGGGAAUCAGCAUGGGUGAGACCUAUCUUGGUUAAUGGGAGUUUUGUUUGUGGCUUCCACUGCAACUAUGAAGGAACCCCCUGCCUCUUUGCUAUUUCCAUCUUCCAACCUAAACUUGGUAAAUUUGUUUCAGGAAUGAAGUUAACUCAUUCGGGUAACCUUAUAAUGUUUGAUAGAAACAAUGAGAUGGUUUGGCAGUCUUUUGAUCUUCCAACAGACUCUUUGGUUAUUGGGCAGAGGCUAAUUUUUGGCUUCUACAGAGUUGACACUACCGUAGUCUAUUAUCAAUACCCUGGGUCUCAAAAAAUAGGCCAAACGGGGCAGUUUUAUGCCGAGGUGACGAACAUGACUUUUGGUCUCUCUUCUAUAGGAUUUGAAUUUAGUUUUACACAAUUAGGCUCUGAUGGGCACUUGAGGUUCUUCAGGUGGGUAGAAUCAAACUGGGAGGAAGUUGAUGAUUUCUUUGGGGAUCAACUUAAUCGAUGUGAUUACCCAUUGGCCUACAGAAAAUAUGGAAUUUGUCUAGAAGAAGGAUGCAGUUGCCGACAAUCGGUUGAAAAAAGUGGACCUAUGUUUUUCAGGCUGAUAGAUCCUUCACGGUCAAAUCUUGGGUGUUAUCCAGAUAAUCCAAUAUCUGGUGAGUCUCCUCAAUGGCAGAGUCUUCUUGAGCUAAAGGAUACAGAUGACCCUACUUUGUUAAGUUUGAACUCUCCUGCUUAUAUCAGAAGAGACAUAAAGAGCUGCAAGAGAGCCUGUUUAAAGAACUGUUCUUGUAUGCAUGCUCUUUUUCAACCUUCUGAUAAAAAUUACUCAAAUCCUGGCUACUACUUUCUUAGAUCUAAAGCUUUGUCAUUUAAGAGAGCGCCUGCACAUUUAAAUCAAUCUCUGUUUUUAAAGGUGCAAAAUUCUCCAAUUACAUAGAUUCCACAAAGAAAGAAAAGACAGAAUGUAGGAGUUGUAGUUGGAUCCACUCUUAGUGUGCUUCUUAUCUAGACUUUUUUUUUCCUUCAAAUGAAUAAGGAUGCAAAGGAUGU